CGGCCCAUUAAUCGUUGCACUCGGAACCUGUGUUGUUGGGAAUCAACCAACAGCCACGGAAGCAGGAUUGGAUAGGGGGAGAUAAGCAAAAUGGCGACUUGGAUAACGUUACACCACCCUCCUUAUCUACGCUUCAUGCCAUCAUCUCCUUCGUCGCCUGAUUCAUACUCCUUACGUCGACAUCACCUUCCUCUGUUUAAACCAUUUCGAUGUGCUCCACUUCAGCAACAAGAACCCCAGCUCGAGCAGUCACAGGGAGGCGAAGAAGAGGAUGAGGAUGUGAUAAUGUGUGAGGACUGUAACGGGAAAGGAUGGUUGCUCUGCGAUUUCUGCAAAGGGCAGAAAACUAAUGUCAAAUCCGAGAACAAGAAAAUCUACCGUCGAUGUCCCACUUGUAGAGCUGUGGGAUUUGUGUUAUGCAAAAGGUGUAAAGUGUUCAAGUGUGUCACGUUUCCUAAUCCUGAAGACGGCGACGAGCUUUUGUUCUAAGCUCUCUUUGUCCUUAUCUUUAGUGAAAGACCCUUUUGUGUUUCACUUUCAGGUUCCUUUCCUUUUCCCAUUUGUUGUUAUUAAUAAUAUAACUCCCCAAGCUCAAACCAAUUUAGUCAUAUGUAUAAGCACAUUUUGUAAUUUUAACAUUAAUCUGAUAAGUGAUUGAAUUGUCUUCA